AUGGAGGAUAAGACUACCAAUUGCUACCAGCCAUUAUCGUUGUGCUCCGCCUCCAAGCCUUUUGCUGCUAAUAUUUACUACCCACCACAAUUGCCUGCACCCCGUCAUUGUUGGACAGGUAUGCCAGGCUCCACAUUUCCUGUGAACUUCCCAAGCAGCAGCCAUCUCUUGGGCAGCAUGCUCGCCAGUCCGAGCAUGGUCCCUGCCUUUAAAUUCCAGUUGCGGCGAGACACAAUCGACUGGAGGCGGUUCAGCGCCAUCGAUGUGGAGCGGGUGGCUCGGGAGCUGGACCUUGCCACUCUGCAGGAGAACAUCAACAGCAUCACCUUUUGCAACCUCGAUGCAGAAAAGUGCCCCUACUGUCAGCAGCCAGUUGACCCUGUGCUCUUGAAGGUCUUCAAGAUGGCCCAGCUGACCAUUGAGUACCUGCUGCACUCUCAAGAGUACUUGAGCAUGAGCCUGGCCCUUCAGGAAGAGCAACACCAAGUGACCCUGGAAGAUCUCAAACGCGUCAAGCAGGACUGGGAUAAGCAAGCAGAAGAGCUGAAGGGUGUCAAGGAAGAGAGCAGGAGGCGGAAAAAGAUGAUUGCCACACAGCAAUUGCUCUUGCAAGCUGGGGCCAAUAACUACCACAAGUGCCAAUUAUGUGACAAGACCUUCAUGAACUACUCCUUUCUUCAAGCCCACAUGCUGCGCAGGCACCCAGAGGCCACUGCAGCAGAGCAGGAGAAGAAGAAACAAGUAGUACAAAUGGAAAGUGAGAUUGAAGAACUGAAGGUCAAACUGAAGGAGACCCAUGCCCAACUGGAGGCUGAGAGCCAAAGCAGGGCUCAGGAAGCAGAGCAGCUGAGGCAAAGAGAAGAGGAGAGUAGAAGAAAAUUUGAGAAAUGGAAGGAGGAGGAGAGGGUAAAGUUUCAAAGGGAGAUGGAAGACCUCCGGCACCUGUUCCUCACUGAAUUCAAGGACAUUGCCAGCAAGAAUUCCGCCAUGGAAGGGAAGCUGCAGGAACUACAAGGCAAGAGUGCAGUGGUCUCUAAUCUGGGGACAUUGCAGGAUGAUGAGUCACCUGACCAGCAGCAAUGGAAGAAGACUCAGAGGGAACUACAGGGGAUGAAGGCAAAGAUAGAGCAACAGAAAACAGAGUGGAAGUGGAAACUGAGGGAUCUUCAGAAGGAACACCAGAUGGAGAAGGAAGAGCUGAAGGGUGAGAAUGAGAGACUACGGGCCUCCUUGUCUUCUGACCAAUGGAAAAUGGCCGAGCACAGCAAACAGCAAAUAGCAUCACUCAGUGCACAACUCAGGGAGCAGGUCAAGAUCAUCCAGUCACAGGAGAAAACAAUUAAGCUCUUGUCUUCCAGCAAACCUAAAGAAAUAACUGUGCCUAAGGCAGAAACCUCAGAAGAAUCUACUGAAGAAGAACUGGAAGAUACUCUGGACAGAAAGAAGAGGGUUCUAGAAGCACUGAGGAGGAAUCCAAACUUGCUGAAACAGUUCCGGCCGAUUCUGGAAGAGACCCUUGAAGAGAAACUGGAGAGCAUGGGAGUGAAGCGAGGUUCAAAAGGUAUCCCUGCUCAAACCUAUAAACAUUUGAGAGACGUGAUAAAAACCCAACAACAGCAGAAGGCCAAAAAAUUUCCACAGCUCCUUGCCUUAAGAGACAAAAUUGAGCAAGAAGUGAAAAGGAAAGUCAGAAGGGGUCAGAAGGAUGAAAGCGAUCUCUCGCUGCCACUCUCGGGAACCUCAGGUAAAAGCCAAAGGAGCCCACAGUCUCCAAUCCAGGUUGUGUCUUCUAAGCCCAGAAUGCAACAAGCUGAAUUCAAGCCUUAUGCCUCAGAGAUGCCCAAACCAGCCCCUCGGAGCAAAGUGAGCUCCAAGGCAAGUUCAGUGGAGACCCCCAGGAUCCCUUCUCCAAAGCAAGUGAGGAGCAGCACACCAUCUCUUCAAUACUCUGCUGCCCAUCAUCCCAGCACUUCGCCUUUCAGCUCUGAAGAAGAGUCUGAAGAGGAAUCAAACUUUACAUCUCCAAAGUUUACACCCCGCAAGACAGAACCAGACCCUCCCAGAGCAGUGCAGAAUGAAGAAAGUGACUGGGAUUCAUCUGACAUAGAAUUGUCUGAGGGGAAAGGCAGUAUGGGAAGGGUCCUUGCAACAGCGGCAGAGACUCAUUCAGAAACAAUGGUGCAGUCAAUGGCUAAAAAUCUGGAGAGGACACUGAGUGCAUCUGGGAAAAAGCCUGCUGGUGGAGUUAAACUCUUUCCCAUCCAUACCAAAGAAGCUCCUAAACCUGGCCCAACUACUAAAAAAAUCCAGUUCGUUGAUGAGGAGGACAGUGACUUGGAGAUUUCUUCCUUAGAGGAAGUCACCCCACACCUGGAGACCAACAGCAAGCUGAAGAAGCCACCAGUCACAAGGAGCAGCGGGGACUCAGUUGAGUCUCGGGGCACCAGUCUCUGGGGUUCUGGCAGCACAAGGGCUGGUGCCUGGUAAUUUUUGCAUUGAGCUGAGCUGUGUGAGACAACAGGCUCCAUUUGAGAUGGAACAGUUCCUGGGGCAAGCCAACGAAAACGAUGCUGAACUUUCAGAGAGAGAGAAUGUGAAUAACUACAAUGCUCAGGAUCAUAUCUUUUGGCUCAAGUGUGAAGUUGUUUUGCUUGAAUGUUUUCCUCCUUAGUAAAAAAAAAAA